AUGGCGACACACCAGCAGCCCUCGCCCACCACGGGCAUACCUCCGCACCAUGUCGCGCAGCACCCAGCGCAUGCGCAGGUCAACGGCCACGCACCACAUGCCAACCAGCCCAAGACACCGUCGCAGUACUUGGGACAGUUGACAGAGGCAGUAUGGACACAGAUGGGCUCGCUCUCCGAGCAACUGCAGGACUAUGACGGUGCCAUGCAAUGCUACGAACAGGCCUUGAAGUACAAUCAAUGGUCUGUGCCAGCUAUGCAGGGCAUUGCAUGCAUCUUGCGCACCAAAGACGCUUUCCCAGCGGCCGUCGAGUAUCUGCGCACCAUUCUCAAGGUCGACCCGGCCAACGGUGAUGUUUGGGGCAGCCUCGGUCAUUGCUACUUGAUGAUGGAUGACUUGCAGCAAGCUUAUUCUGCUUACCAACAAGCACUCUAUCACUUGUCCGAUCCCAAGGAACCCAAACUUUGGUAUGGCAUUGGAAUCCUGUACGACCGCUACGGGUCCCUCGAGCAUGCCGAAGAGGCCUUCUCCCAGGUCAUGCGUAUGGAGCCCAACUUCGAGAAGGCGAACGAGAUCUACUUUCGGCUUGGUAUAAUAUAUAAGCAACAACAAAAGUUCAGCCAGAGUUUAGACUGCUUCAGAUACAUCGUCACAAACCCGCCACGACCAUUGACCGAAGAGGAUAUCUGGUUCCAGAUUGGUCACGUAUAUGAACAGCAGAAAGAGUUUGAGUCGGCCAAGGGCGCCUACCGCCGGGUCCUUGAGCGUGAUCCCAAUCACGCCAAGGUGCUUCAGCAGCUGGGCUGGUUGCACCACCAGCAGAGCACCAACUACACAAGCCAGGAACAGGCUAUCGAGUACCUGGAGAAAUCCGUCGCUUCAGAUCAAACCGACGCACAAAGCUGGUACCUACUAGGCCGUUGUUACAUGUCACAACAGAAAUACCCCAAGGCGUACGAGGCCUAUCAGCAAGCCGUGUAUCGUGAUGGCAGGAACCCAACCUUCUGGUGCAGCAUAGGAGUGCUGUAUUACCAAAUUAACCAGUACCGCGAUGCGCUAGACGCCUACUCUCGAGCCAUCCGACUGAACCCCAACAUUUCCGAGGUUUGGUACGAUCUCGGCACACUGUAUGAGUCUUGCAACAACCAGACAGCCGAUGCCUUGGACGCAUAUCAACGUGCGGCUGAUCUUGACCCGUCUAAUGUACACAUCAAGGCUCGCCUGCAGCUUUUGCAGAACGGCCAGACAUCUGCUGGCGCGCCGAACCAGGGCAAUGCUCCAGUCCCUCAAGACGUCCAUCCCCAGGCUUAUCAACCUGCCUCCGUUCAUGGACCUGCUGCACCACAAUGGGGUGCUCCUCAGCCUCAGCAACCACCCCCGGGACCUGCUCCACCAGCCUUGGCCGGCUCGGGAUGGGAUCGACCUCUAGCCCAGAUCCGCGAUCCUGGUAUGCCUCCCCAGCAGUUGAACCCAUAUGAGCAGCGCGAGGGUAUACGCCCGCCUACGCAGCAUGCUCCCCAACGACCUGUGAGCCCUAGGCAGGAGCCUCCUAGGUCGUAUGCAGAGCCUCCACGACCUGCUACCAAUGGCCCCGGUCCUCAAGGACCUGGUGGUCCUCCACCUCCGGGCCCUGGCUCUAUGCGUCGUGGCAUGUCGCCUUCCCCAAAGACGCACCACGUCGCUCCCAGUCCAUAUCACCCUGCGCCGCCCCAGCUUACGCCCCAGCCUUCGCAGGCGCAGCCACAAAUCCCGCUGCAUCAGCAACAGCAGCCACCCAACCGCAUCUCGAAUCCCAACUACGGCCCUCAUGCCGCUAGUGUCCCCCCUCCACCACCACCGCCGCCCACCAGCCUCGGUGUGCCGGCAGGUCAAGGUCCGAGUCAAGGCCCUAUAACACCCUAUGGCCGUCCCGCCAGCCCACCUCCUGAGGUCCGACCCAUUGUCGAGAACCGGGCAGGGUCCCCGCGCAAUGGAUACCAGGGACCAUACCAGCACCAUCCUGAUCCUUCGGCCAGCAGCGGCAUUGCUAGCGGCGCUCCUCCCCCAGCUUCUGCUCUGGCUGCAGCUGAAGCAGCAGCUCGAGAUCGUGAUGAACGUCCCCCAACUGCGCCGCCAAAGCGACACCGAGAGUGGGAAGAACCUGAUCACAUGAAUCCUAAGCCUCCUGCCAACGACGAGAAGCGCCAAAAGCUAGAGGAACCGCACAGCCGCCGCCCUAGUCCCCAACAUCGAAUGUCGUCGCCUCAGGUACCUCGUCACAGCCCUCAGGACGCACCUGAUCCUCGACGUUUCAACGACGGGUAUCAUCCAUCUGAUGCUGCUCAUCACCCGACACUCCCGCCGAUGGGAGCUGCUCCAUCGCUUCCGCGCAUGUCGGAGACACCGAAGCAGGAUCGGCCGGAGCAUCACGAACCGGCUGCUCGUCACAUGGACGUGGAUGAGAACUACGACGACGACGGCGAGGAUGUGAAGCCGAAUGCGUCCAAGUCUGAUCGGGGAAGUCCACGGAACGCACCUACUAAUGGCGUACCGCAUGCCCCAACCCCGGUCGAGCAGAAGUCGUAG